AUGCUCUUAAUUAGGGCAAAGUUAAAGAUAGCAGCUAGUAGACAAAAGAGUUAUGUAGAUCUCCAUGGAAGAGAAGUGGUUUCUCAAGAGGGUGACAUGGUUCUUUUGAAGGUAUCUCCAAUGAAGGGUGUUGUUCGAUUUAGAAAAAGGGGCAAGCUAGCUCCAAGGUACAUUGGACCAUAUGAAGUGCUGCAAAAGGUUAAAAAUGUGUCUGACAAGUUAGCUUUGCCACAAAAAAUGGAGAGAAUACAUCCGGUGGUCCAUGUUUCUAUGUUGAGGAAGUUUGUGUCAGAUCUGAACAAGGUUAUAAGUGAACUAGACAUGAAAAUUUCAAAAGAUCUUUCUUAUGUUGAACAACCUGUUCAGAUUGUAGAGACUCAAGUAAGGAAGCUAAGGAAUAAGGAGAUACCUAUGGUGAAGGUGUUAUGGAAACACUACAAAAUGGAAGAGUGUACAUGGGAAACCCGUGAUUCCAUGAUAUAA